AUUAGAGCCAAAAAUGAAGAUGGCUAGGUCUAUUUUCAUAGAUAUUAAAAUACUGAACAUUCUUAUUGCCUUGCUUCUUUUGUUUUCAAGCUUCGGAACCAGCAAUGGCAGACACUGGCGGCAAUUGUCAGGCAGAGAUGAAAUAGUCUCUGUGUUUAAGAACAAAGAGAAAGGAGGAAUAUCCGCGCCAGCAACACAAGGUGGCAAGUAUUCUUCCACCUUCAACGUGUUGGAUUAUGGUGCUAAAGGUGAUGGGCAUUCCGAUGACACCAAGGCGUUUGAAGCAUGCUGGGCAGCAGCUUGUAAGGUCGAGGCAUCAACAAUGGUAGUUCCAUCGGGGUCUGUCUUCCUAGUGGGACCUGCUUCCUUCUCAGGCCCUAAUUGUGCACGAAAUAUUGUUUUUCAGUUAGAUGGCAAGAUCAUAGCUCCUACAAGCUCUGGAGCCUGGGGAUCAAGUCUCCUGCAAUGGAUAGAAUUCGCAAAACUCCAAGGAAUUACAGUCACAGGUAAAGGAAUCAUAGAUGGGCAAGGUUCAGUCUGGUGGAAUGACUUACUCAGUUCAAAGAUGCCAGGCAACAAACCAACGGCACUGAGGUUCUACGGAAGUACCAGAGUGACAGUUACUGGUAUAACAAUACAAAACAGCCCUCAGACCCACCUGAAAUUUGAUGACUGCACCGGAAUUCAGGUUUCUGGUUUUACUGCAUCAUCCCCUGGCAACAGCCCAAAUACAGAUGGAAUCCACCUGCAGAACUCCCAAGAUGUGGACAUUCACAGUAGCACUCUCGCUUGCGGAGAUGAUUGUGUAUCCAUACAAACUGGAUGCUCAAAUGUUAACAUACAUAAUGUGGAGUGUGGACCUGGACACGGAAUUAGCAUUGGAGGGCUUGGAAGGGAUAACACAAAAGCCUGUGUAUCAAAUGUCACUGUCCGAGAUGUCACAAUGCACAAUACAUUAAGUGGUGUUAGGAUAAAGACAUGGCAGGGCGGAUCAGGCUCUGUGCGACAAGUCAUGUUCUCAAAUGUUCAAGUAAAUGAAGUUGAAAUUCCUAUUGUGAUUGAUCAAUACUAUUGUGACAAGGGUACUUGCCACAACCAAAGUUCAGCUGUGGCUGUAUCAGACAUAAACUACAUAAGCAUACGUGGAACCUAUACACGUAAACCCGUACACUUUGCAUGCAGUGACAGCUUGCCAUGCACAGGAGUAUCUUUAUCGACCAUACAGCUAAAACCAGUUCAAGAAAACCAAGGACCUUUCUGUUGGGAGGCAUAUGGAGAGCUGAAAACUACCACCGUCCCUCCAAUUAGCUGUUUGGAAACAGGGCGGCCAUCAAAAGCUGGAAUACAUUCUACUUCUGAUUCCUGCUGAGCUUAUACUUAGAAAUCAUGUAGCAACACCAAGUCAAGGAUAACCGACAGUUUCUCCACCCUAUUUGAUAAGAACAUAUUGCGACCAAGAUGAUGCCAAUCUGGCAAAUCACGGUUGUCCAAGGCUUGUUAGUUUCCGUAGGUAUACAGCAGUUUCUAUUGGAAUAGAGUAUGAAAAUCUUCUAGUUUCUAUAUACUCGCUACUAGAAGUUCUCGACAUAUUUGCCUUUUCCUAUACAAUUGCAUAUUUUAACUGAAUGUGCACAAGAUCUACUCUAUAACAUUAUAGCUAUUUGCAAGCAGAAUAAAAUAAAAAUUAAAAGAAAAAAAUCAAAGAUAACACAGGAGAGAAGUAAGCAAACAGUAGACCUGAGCUCAACAAAAUAACCGAUUAUGACUUUAUUACUGACCAAAUACAUCACUAAAUGACAGCACAUGAUUUUGACCUGCAAAGGAAGACCAAGGCAGCAAACAUCAAACCCCUCGUUACCAGUAAUUUGAAAUGACCGCAGGCUCCAUCCUCCCAAAAAUAAAAGGAAAAACCAGUAUUCUUGUGUUCUAUGCCUGUUUCCAAGUCAAGUGCCAACUGAACUUUUGGAUGCACCAAAGGCCUUCAAGCAGAGCGUAAAAUUUCUUAAACAGUGAAGAUAAGGGUUUGAUCCAUGUCAAAGAUGGUAAAGAGAAGACAAAAGACAUAUGCAUGAAAAACAAUUGCCUAUCUGAUGUUUGAGGACGCACAUAUUUACACCCUCUUAGCUUGAUUCAUAUGUAAAAACCAGGAAAAUGGUUCUCUUAUGACAAGAAAUGGUGGCCGAAA